AUGAAGGAAUAUGUUCGAGGACUGUGCGACCCAGAACUGCAGAAAGAAGAGCGGUACCCGGUGGAUAUGCACUGUAUCUUUGCUGGCGCCAGGGGCCUUUUUUUGGACAGGCUCAUACGGGACACGAGCGCUGAAGUUCUGGUGCAAGAGCCGGGCUGCCUGCGGCUGUUGGGUCGGGCUGAGCCCGUGGUGAUGGCUCAAAGCAGAGUUCAGCAGUUUGUAGCACUGUUCCAAGAGAAGCGAAGUCUACCAUGUGACACAGAACCAACAGUAAAACGAGCAUUCAAGUCCUUCGUGGAGGAAAGGGACGACAAGUACACUAUGGAGCUCUUGCUGCUUCCCAGUGCGCUGAAGGAGGAGUUGCUGGGACUUGUUCACACCCCUACAAACACAAACACCUCUUCUCUGACUCAGCUCAACCAGAUGCUCCAUCCAAGCAUGUCGGAGGUUGACCAGGACCGCUCACAGAGCAGCACCCCUGUGACGGAGCUCUCCAACCGCAUCCUGGACACUAGUUUUGAGGAGCGAGGGACCACGCCAUCAUCUCUUGGCGGAGGCAGUAAACCAGCAGGUGGAAUCGGUUUAGGUCCCGAGGCAGUCCUGCAUAACAGCAAUCGGCCCACGCACAAGCGGCGUUCGUCAGGCAGUGAGACGCGGGAUACAAAGAGACAGUACUCUCUGGAGCGGAGGGAAGAGUCGCCGGAGAGAGCAAGAGAAAGGGAGCGACAGAGGGACAGAGAGGGCCGGGGGGGCGGUAGCAGCUGUAGAUCCAAAACCCCCUCUGCUUCGUCGUCCCUCUCCUCCUCAGCGAAGGCAAAUACCGUAUCUGGGCCCAUCAUGCUGGACUCUGCUGAGGGUGUCUCGGAUGAGGGAGAGGCAGUCAGCCCAGAAACCAACCUCCGCUGCUUGGUCAAUUUUUUCAGAACCAUGGGUUACCAGCAGGAAGUGGUGGAACGUGUUGUCAAGGCAACAGGACAGACGGAAGAUACCUUCCUCGUCCUUGAGAAAAUUGUGGAGGAAACUAAGCGUUGUGAAGAGAGCUUGAAAGGAGGGGAAAAAGAAAGAAGACUAAACUCUGUGCGUACCUCAGAUGCUCGCUCUUCAUCGUCAUCCGUCUCUACAGCCUCCUGCUUCAGAGAGGAGCUCGAGCUGAGCAGGCUGUCGGCGGACCCAGGGAGAUCUAAAGAGAACAUCAAGCCCAACCAGUAUGGAAGCAGCAGUAAUGGGCUUGGGCACAGGAGGCAGUGCAGCGGCAGCGAAACAAGCACUCAGCAGGCGAUCACUAUUAAGAGGAGCUCGAGCGCUCAAGGAGGAGCAGGAAACUAUGAGGUUAUUACCAUUGAUGACGAUGAAGACAUCAUCCCCACUGAUACCAAAGCGGCAGACAGAAUGUCUCGGAUGAUCACGGUGGCGCACCUCAACGCACAGUCGGGUUCCAGAACCGACUAUUUGGCACGAGGAGGCGGAGGCAUCCCGCAGAGGGACUACUUGUCCCGAGGUGGGACUCAGACUUUGGGGGGAUCGGUGAAGGUCGAGACCGUAACGGCACUGCGCAGCACGCCUCAGUGGCUGACUGCCACCACUGCAUCCCUGGCUUCAACCACCAGUUCAGCUCAGCCCAUCGCCCGACCCUCAGCCUCUUCCUAUCAGACAAUCAGCCACACGGGGUUCCACGGGGCAGCAGCACGGACGCCUCCCACAAAUGACCCACCGGCCCCACCAGUAACUGGCUUGGCUCGUUUCCAUCAGUCGCUGAGGACUCCCUACAAACUGAACCUGCCAAACGAGCCGGGACGCCCAGACCUCAGACACAUCAUCAUAGACGGCAGCAACGUGGCUAUGGCUCAUGGCCUUCAUCGGUUCUUCUCCUGCCGUGGUAUAGCACUAGCAGUGGAGACAUUUUGGAAGAGAGGACACAGGGAAAUCACAGUCUUUGUCCCCCAGUGGCGUCAAAAGAGGGAUCGACUAACAACAGAGCAACAUUUUCUAAACCAGCUAGAAGACCUGAGGCUGCUCUCUUUCACCCCCUCCAGGGAAGUCUGUGGCCAGAGGAUAUCCUCACACGAUGACAGAUUCAUGCUCCACCUAGCAGAAAAAACAGACGGGAUCAUUGUAACCAAUGACAACCUGAGGGAUUUCGUCGACACCUCGGACACCUGGCGUAGGAUCAUUAGAGAGAGAUUGCUUCAGUUUACUUUUGUGGAGGACCACUUCAUGAUCCCCGAUGACCCUCUGGGAAAGAACGGACCUCACCUUGACAUCUUCCUCCGUAAAGACAGCUGGAGAGCUCCGGGCACGCCUCCGCCUCUCAGACCCCCGGACCUCCGGCCUCCCUCACAGCAGCAGCCAGUUUACGUGCAAGCUGUUCACUCUGCCCCGCGGACCCCCACCUCCCUGACGGCCCACACCACUGCGCACUGGCCCCACUCUGGGCCCCCAGAAUGGCACCCACCUCGCCGUUCUCCCUCACCCUCUCCCUCACCUCCGCCCCAGCGGUCGCCGGGGGAGACGUCAGAGCUGAAGAGAAAACUGUACGACAUCUUCCCCGACCAGAAGCAGCGGAUCGACCGCAUCCUCAGCGACAACCCGUACAUGAGAGACCUGAACGCCCUUUCUGGGUUGCUGCUCGGAUAAAGAACUAUCUCAGUUAAGACGAUCAGCAGAUAUACACGCAGUGCAUACACACGCAAGGAUAUAUAUAAAAAUAAUUUAUUUUACCAUCUCUUCCAGCUUGGAGGACUUUUUCUUUAAUUGUUUUUAUUUUUCAUCGAGACUGAUCGUCAAACUAGCUGCUACUGUUGAAACCCAUCGUUUGGGACGAUCUACUUUUUCUCUCCAUCACUUACAGGUCGAUAAAGAUCGACAGCACCAGUGUCUGCGUCACCAAAAUAUUAAAAGUUACCACAUUCGUCAAACAAGAAAA